AUGCCUUCCUUCCUGCCGCUCCUCGAGCAGCCCAGUGGGAAGCUCUUCCCUAUUCUUCACCGUAUAGGUCCCACCAUUCUCUCUUCGCCUACAGGACCCCUUCCAGACAGGUCUUAUGUACUCAUUGAUCGCCCAGCUUUUGAUUUACAAGUCAUCACCGGGUUUCUAGACGACGGCGCCGAAAAAGUCAUCGUACCUCUUACAUGGGCCAAGGAGCUCAUAGGAAUUAUUCCCAAUGACAGAAUCAUCCUUUUGCUCGACGUCGAGAGCGUCAGUGCCGUUUCCGACAAGGUUCGGAGCGCUAUAUCUGGGGUCCUGCUUAAAAGUCCAGCAGUCGACCUUGAUUUGAUUGCUUCAAUAUCCAAGUUUUUCGCCGCAUCCGACAUAUACGUCCUAUCCUCCCCUACUUUGCCGUCUAAAUCUACUAUUCGCGCUCUUUUGGGCAUCAAAGCAACGCUAGUCAUUCCAAGCGACCAGCUUACCCUUCACGCAACCACCGGCUCGCAAAUAAAUGUCGGAGACGCGUUCGUUGCUCCUUUAAUCUCGGAUCGUCCUGAUGGCCUCUUUCCCACGGUGGUCUGCAGCCAGAGUGGUCACUCACUUGGCUUGGUAUAUUCCUCUGCUGAAUCGGUGAAGGAAAGCAUUUUAACAGGAAAGGGUGUCUACCAAUCACGAAAACAUGGCCUCUGGCGCAAAGGAGAAACGUCGGGUGCGACUCAGGACGUGAUCAGCAUCAGUCUCGACUGCGACUUUGAUAGUCUGGAGUUCCGAGUUGUGCAACACGGCGCAGGAUUCUGCCAUCUAGACCGCCAAUCAUGUUUUGGCGAUGCGAAAGGAUUCCAAGCGUUGGAAACCACCCUUCUUUCUCGCCUCGUAUCUGCGCCUGAAGGAUCGUAUACGAAACGUUUGUUCAAUGAUCCUCAGCUCUUGCGUUCAAAGAUUAUGGAAGAGGCAGACGAGCUGUGUUCCGCUGAGACGAAGGAGGACGUAGCAUUUGAAGCUGCUGACUUGAUAUAUUUUGUACUCACAAAAUGUAUCGCUGCAGGUGUCACAAUCGCAGAUAUCGAGCGAUCCCUGGACAAGAAGUCGAAGAGAGUAACGCGUAGACCUGGGAAUUCGAAACCUCAGUGGUCAUCUGCAUCGAAAAACCGCUCUGCAGAAAAACCGCCUCCAUCCGUCUCAUCGGUACCUCCGGCGGGUCCGGACGGUCCCAUUCGGAUGCGAGCCUCUGACCUAAGCACAAUCUCAGCACGAGAGCGCGCGCAGCUACUCCGUCGGCCUGUGCUCAAAUCCGGCGAGAUGAUCGAAAAGGUCGAGCCUAUCGUUUCUGAAAUACGAGCGCGUGGAGAUGCGGCACUCCUCGAAUUUACAGCCAAAUUCGACAAAGCCCGACUGUCAUCCACGUGCAUAUUUUCGCCCUUCUCCCCGGAUACAAUGCAAAUCGACCCGGAUGUCAAAGCAGCCAUCGACCAAGCGUAUGCCAACAUUCGGAAAUUCCACGAGGCACAGUCAAGUGGAUCUCAUCUCGUGGUCGAAACAAUGCCUGGUGUCGUUUGCUCCCGUUUUGCGCGACCUAUACCAAGAGUUGGUCUUUAUGUCCCAGGGGGCACUGCCGUACUUCCUUCCACCGCCCUUAUGCUCGGUAUUCCAGCGCAGGUUGCGGGCUGCAAGGAAAUCGUUUUGGCGACCCCACCGCGGGCAGAUGGCAGUAUCUCUCCUGAGGUCAUGUAUGUGGCAAGUUUGGUUGGCGCUUCGACUGUGCUGAAAGCUGGAGGAGCGCAAGCCGUUGCAGCCUUGGCCUAUGGGACUGAUACAGUUCCAAAGGUGGAUAAAAUUUUCGGACCUGGCAAUCAAUGGGUGACGGCCGCAAAGAUGUUAGUCCAGAACGAUACCGAUGCCCUCGUUAGUAUUGACAUGCCAGCUGGGCCUAGCGAAGUCCUUGUCAUUGCUGAUUAUACAGCAAACGCCGCUUUCGUCGCGGCCGAUUUGCUUUCUCAAGCAGAACAUGGAGUUGACUCUCAAGUCGUCCUUGUAGCCGUUGAUCUGACAGAGAAACAUCUCAGUCACAUAGAAAGAGAAGUCGAUUCGCAGGCACGAGCUUUGUCCAGAGUCGACAUUGUUCGGCAGUCCAUCGGAAAAAGCAUUAUUGUCAGAGCAUCUUCUGUUGAGGAAGCCCUCGUGUUCUCCAAUGACUACGCACCUGAGCACCUCAUCUUGCAUCUUGAGAAUGCCGCCAGUCGAGUUGAUCUAGUUGAAAAUGCCGGUAGUGUCUUUGUGGGUUCAUAUUCGCCCGAAAGUUGUGGAGAUUAUGCUUCUGGGACAAAUCACACUCUUCCUACUAAUGGUUACGCACGACAGUUCAGCGGAGUUAAUACACUGUCCUUCCAGAAACACAUUACAUCGCAAGAGGUGUCUUCAGCAGGACUCAAGGUCCUGGGUCCUAUUGUGGCGACUCUGGCAGACUGCGAAGGAUUACAGGCUCACGCAAAUGCAGUGCGAAUACGUUUAAGUGCUUAAUAGACAUAGAAUUAGUGAUGGAAAAACGAAAGUGUAGUCAAAUCUCCGAUAUUUAUGGCUAAGCGUUAUGAUACAAUCGUAGGUAACAUUGGAGGUAGAAGUGGGGACAGAAAUCUGCAUAAGGCAAACUGUCCCGCAAAACUCUGCCAAUAGGGUGAUAGACAUUGCCUGGAUGUGUGUUAUUCAGGGAAAAGAGCUAUUGAAGUCGACCUGUGACUUGCCUAUCGCAUAGAGUAAUUCAUCAUAGGAGAACCUCGUCUGAAGAGGAAUCU